UGGGGUCGGCGAGCAAGGCAAGGAUGGAGCUCGCUCGCGCGAGCUCGGUAAAACCGCAACGGCCCCUCAGCCGCGGCCUCUCGCGCUCCCCCUGGUUGCCUCGGCUACCGCCCGAGCGACUCCAUUCCCCACCCCCUCCGGCCGUUUUGCCGCCAUUCUAAGCAGCGCGUGCCGGCGAGUAUCUGUUGGCGCCUACUUGUGCCUCGCCUGGCCCUUCCCCCCCCUCGGUCCGAGCAGCGUGACAUGCACCGAGCGAGGCCCCAGUGGGGCGCCGCGGCCCUGCGGAGCGUAGUCGGGAGCCGACGGUAUUGGAGGACCGUGGGGCAGCCGGAGGGUAUCGUAUCGGAACAGGACACGGACCAUCAUUUCGUGCACCGGAGCACCAUCCCUACCAUCCACUUCCAGCCUAGCUUGCCCAGAUUGCCUAUUCCAAAAUUGGAGGAUACAAUCACUAGAUAUUUAGCUGCUCAGAAGCCGCUAUUGAAUGAUGAAGAGUACAGAAAUACUGAACAACUUGCCAGAGAGUUUGAAACUGGAGAGGGGAAGAUCAUACAUCGUGAUCUUCUGGAACAUGAUAGAAUUAAUAAGCAUACAAGUUAUAUAUCAGGGCCCUGGUUUGAUAUGUAUCUUUCUGCGAGAGAUCCAAUUGUUUUCAACUACAACCCUUUUAUUACUUUAAAUCCUGAUCCAAAACCAGGAUACAACAGUCAAAUAGUGAGAGCAACAAAUCUGGUUGUAUCAUCAUUAAAAUUUCUUAACAGCCUGAAGAAUGACUAUUUGCGGCCAGAUAUAUAUUAUGUAAACCGCAAAUGGGGUCAAAGUAAACUUUUCAAACAUUUUAUCCGCAUUCUUCCACCUACUUUAUCCUGGUAUGGAGCCUAUUUGGUGAACGCAUAUCCUUUAGAUAUGUCACAAUAUAAGUCACUCUUCAACAGUACCAGAAUUCCUAAUUUAAGCAAAGAUACUUUGUUCACAAGUGAAUUUGCAAGGCAUUUGUUGGUGAUGAGAAAUGGUCAUUUUUAUGUUUUUGAAGUACUGGAUCCUUUUGGUAACAUUCUACACCCGUCUGAAAUCCAGGCUCAUUUAACACAAAUAAUACAUGAUGCUGAUCGGUUGCCUGGGUUUGAACUUUCCUACCUGACAACUGAAGAUAGAAAUACUUGGGCAACAAUAAGACAACAACUUGUCCAAAAAGGUAAUGAAGAAAACCUCAAGAAAAUUGACAGUGCAGUCUUUUGUCUUUGUUUAGAUAAAGCUUCUCCCAAAAAUGAAAUUGAGCUCACUCAUUGUUUUCUACAUGGAUAUGGUUUCAAUCGCUGGUUUGACAAAUCUUUUAGUCUGAUUAUCACUAGUGAUGGCACUGCAGGAAUAAAUUUUGAACAUUCUUGGGGAGAUGGAAUUGCAGUUCUACGUUUUAUUAACGAAGUCUAUAGAGACAGUACAGAGCAUCCAGCUCUUGUACCACAAUCCAGUCCAGCCUUUUUUGUUACAUCAUGUGACAAACUUGAAUUUCAUAUGGGUCGCACAAUAACAUCUGCUAUAAGUGCUGCACGUAAGAAAUUUGAUGAAAAAAGGAAAAAGUUUUGUGUUAGAACGUUUAGGCAUGAAAGGUUUGGAAAACAAUUUAUAAUUAAUCAAAAAUUGAGCCCUGAUGCUGUGUUUCAGCUUGCAUGUCAGAUGGCUGUCUACCACCUAUAUGGAAAAUUACGACCUUCUUAUGAAGCAUGUAGUACUGCAGCUUUUAAGCAUGGUCGCACUGAAACAAUUCGGCCAACAUCUGUGUAUACCAAAAAGUGUACAGUUGCAUUUAUUGAUCAACGAGGAAUGCACAGCAUUGAAGAUAUGAGAAACAUGAUUGAUGAAUGUUCAAAGUAUCAUCGACGUUUGCAGUUGGAAGCUACAUUAGGCCAAGGAUUUGAUCGCCACUUAUUUGCCUUGAAGCACCUUGUCCAGCGCAGAGGUGGACGUAUUCCUGAUAUUUAUAAUGACCCAGCCUACAAAAACAUAAACCAUAUUAUAAUUUCAAGUAGUACAUUAGGCAGUCAAGCAGUUAAUCAUGGUGGGUUUGGACCAGUGGUGCCAGAUGGAUUUGGAGUUGGAUAUAAUGUGUUUGAUAAUUGGAUAGGAUGUAUUAUAACUAGCUAUUUAGACAAAGACUCAGAAGAACUUAUAAAAUAUCUUGAGUAUACCUUGAAUGAUAUAUUUGACAUCUUAGAAGGAAGAAGUCUUAUGUAGUAUCAAAAUUGCCAUUAUUUUGAACUAGCAAAUAAUAAUGAUACAUACUCAAAAGUAUUUAAAUAAUGUGCAGACUACCGUGAAAUGCAACAGGGGUAGAAAAUGAAUGAGCAUUAGAGCUCUGUAGAAAAUAAUUUUUUCAUACAAAAAGUUAAAGUAGUUCUGUGUCAGUGUGAAGAUACUAAUUCUGUAAUCUCUUGUUAUUACUGUAUAUAAUUGCUAUUAUUGAUUUUAUAUUGAAGAUUUUUAAAAAUCCAAUUUUUGCAUUGAUUUUACUUAAUAUCUGGGACUCUUUAUUCCUAGGGAAAUCAUCUUGUGCUGAUAUACAUGAAAAUUAUAUAAACUCUGAGAUAAAUCCCAAACACUGCAAUACAAAGCACUAUAUAUGCUGGGGAUAAUCUAUGUUAACCCGUGAACUGUCUCUCAAAGUACUUCCCUCCCAUUUCCACAUGUGGGGAGCUGUGAACAUACAUUUUAGCAUGCAGAAUAUGCACUGGAACAUAUUGUUUCAAAGCACUUUUCCUUUAUGUGCACAUUGAAGCAUUUAAUAUGUAUGCAUUACAGUCAUCGGAUCAAUGGUGUCUAAUUUGCUAUGCUGUGUGUGGAAAUCUGUAAUCACAUUUUAGAGAUAGUAUAUAUUAGAAAAGACAAGAUUGAUUAGAAGAAGGAAUUAAUUACAAAAGAGGAUCCCAGAUUGUUUUGUUCAUGAAACAGGAUGUCUUUAAAUGGGAUGGAAGCCAAAUGAAAUCUUAGCUUGAUUCUUCCUAAACCUCAUUAAGUACAUAAACAGGUACCACAAGAUCCUUAGGGUGAGAAGUUCAACAGCACUAUAAAGGGCUUUAGAAAUCAGUGAGCACACUUUUUCCUGUUAAUAUGACAAGCAGAUUUAACUUUUCCCAGCAAAGAGGUGCAGUAAUGAGAAAAUCUGUUGAAUUGUUUCCUGUCUCUUGCAGCUGUUAAUUUGAGGUGGGAAGAAGAGAGUGGGCACAGGAAUGGGGUGUUUUUGGAUUGCAACCUGACAACCCUAAAAAAACUGUCUUAAGUGCUGUCUUAAGUGAUAAAAGGGGAAUCUCCUCAAAUACUAUUAAGUUCAAGAUGUGAGAGUCAGUGUAUCAUUAAAAAAAAAUCAACAGAACAUAUUUAUUUUAGCACACACACACUCUAAGAACUGCUAUUUUGCACCAGUCUUCUCUAUUAAUAUAAAAUGUGUAUGUAAA